AUGACAUUGGCAGGCCUCAAUGCUCUAAUCCUUGGUGCGACCGGUGCGACGGGCAAGCGUCUGCUACAGGAGCUGCUUGCGUCACCCCAGUAUGCCAGUGUGUCCGAGUAUGGGCGGCACAUAACGUCUCCGGAGAAGAUCGUGACGGGGAAGGAGAAGCUCGACCAGAAGAUCAUUGAUUUUGAGAAGCUCGAGGAAGCCGGCUUCAGGGACAAGAAGUGGGACGUGGUCUUCAUCACUAUGGGGACGACGCGUAAGAAGGCGGGCAGUGCUGCUGCGUUUGACAAGAUCGACAGAGAAUAUGUCGUCAACGCCGCCCGCGCAGCCAAGUCCGACGACCCGUCGCAUCCCCAACGGCUGCUCUACGUAUCCGUUGGCGGCGCGAGCCCCAGUUCUUGGGACUUCUACUGGAGGAGCAAGGGCAUCACCGAACAGAAGAUCGCCGAGCUCGGUUAUAAUGACACAAUUAUCUUCCGCCCUGGUAUACUGGGCGAGGCGGACCGGGGCGAGACACGGGUGAUGGAGUCGAUCGCGACCUCCGUACUAUGGCUCGCGUCCAAGGUAUCGUCGAGUGUAUACAUGCCCGUUCCUACUCUUGCAAAGGCCAUGCGCGUGGUAGGCGCGGUCGGGUCCUCCGGCCUCCCUCCAGAUACUGUGCAGAAGGCAGGCAGUCCAAAGACCCCCUUUAGCGUCCUCGACAACAGCAGCAUACUCAACAUCGCCGAUGCU